UCCGCUGGCUGGGAGCUGUAGGAACUGUUGGUUUCUCAGUGUUUCUGUCAGGACCGGUUUCGGGGUCGGACCGAAAACAGCACGCAGGGGUCAGCGCGGACUGAGGAGGCUAAGCUAAGAUAACCUAAUCUAAAUCAUAUGUCUAGUUUCUCCAGAUCUGCCCAGCAAUGGGCGACCUUCGCCAGGUCCUGGUACUUAAUAGAUGCUCGGUUGCAGCCGCCGGGGAAGAUCGCCUCCAUGUGCUCUGUGCGGCUUCAGGGGAAGCAUAAGCCCAUCUACCACGCGCUCAGUGAUGUUGGAGAUCAUGUGGUGGUGAUGAACACCAGACACAUCGCUUUCUCUGGAAACAAGUGGGAACAGAAGGUCUACUCGUCUCACACAGGAUACCCAGGGGGCUUCAAACAGGUCACAGCAGCACAGUUGCAUCAGAAAGACCCCAGCGCUAUAGUAAAGUUGGCUAUUUACGGGAUGCUGCCCAAAAACCUGUGGAGGAGGACAAUGAUGCAGCGGCUGCAUCUCUUCCCAGAUGAUGUUAUUCCAGAGGAUAUCCUGCUGAAUCUGACAGAGGAGCUUCCUCAGCCGCGGAGGAUUCCCCGUAGACUGGAUGAAUACACCCAGGAGGAGCGGGAUGCCUUCCCCAGACUCUGGACCCCGCCAGCUGACUACAAGAUGAAGUGAUCCCUCCACACAGCCACUCUCUCUGCUGCACCUCAAGCGUUUGUCUGUUUUUUAUAGAUUUUUGUCCGUCUGAAUUAAAAUGUAUUUAAGAAAAAAA